GAGGACUUCACUGAAAUGGAAAAGAGGGUGGACACCACCACUCGGGCAGUGAUGGAUAUCAUUACCAAGACCACUGAGUAUCUGCAGCCAAACCCAGCCACCAGAGCUAAGAUGAGUAUGAUGAACUCCAUGUCACGUAUCCGGGGCCAGGAGAAGGGACCGGGCUACACACAGACCGAGGCCAUCCUGGGAGAGACCAUGCAGAGGUUUGGCAGAGAGCUCGGAGAGGAGUCUGCCUUUGGCAUUGCUCUGAUUGAUGCUGGGGAAGCCAUGCGUGAGCUGGGAGAGGUUAAGGAUGCUCUGGACAUGGAGGUCAAGCAGAACUUCAUUGAUCCACUGCAGAACCUCCAUGAAAAAGAUCUCAAGGAGAUCCAGCAUCACCUGAAGAAAAUGGAGGGUCGCCGCCUGGACUUCGAUUAUAAGAAGAAACGUCAGGGCAAAGUGACAGAUGACGAGAUCAAACAAGCACUUGAGAAGUUUGACGACUCCAAGGAGAUUGCUGAGCAGAGCAUGUUCAACCUGUUGGAGAGCGAUAUUGAACAGGUGAGCCAGCUCUCCGCGCUGGUCCACGCCCAGGUGGAGUACCACAGCCGGGCUGCAGAGAUCCUCACACAGCUCUCCAGUAAGAUCGACGAACGGAUAAGGGAUAUUUCUAACAAACCAAGGAAAGAGUACGCUCCUAAACCACGUACGUCUCUGGACUUUUCCAUCACACAUACCACAUCACAAAUUAAGCAUACUGGCUCUUCCCCCAUGGACCAGCCCUGCUGUCGUGCACUGUAUGAUUUUGACCCAGAGAAUGAAGGUGAGCUAGGCUUCAAGGAGGGCGAUAUCAUCACCCUGACCAAUAAGAUCGAUGAAAACUGGUACGAGGGGAUGCUGCACGGCAACUCUGGCUUCUUCCCCAUCAAUUACGUGGAUAUCCUGGUGCCGCUGCCCCACUAG